AUGGCCAAAUUUCUACGCACAGAAGCGGACAUUAUAAAUGCUCUAAAUGAGAUUUUAAAUAAUGAAUCUGAGGGUGAGCCACUGGAGUCUUUAUCUGAGGAAGAAUUUCUAUCACCAAUAGUUCCAGAUUCUUCAUCAGCAGACAAUGUUACUACUGAGAAGGUUCUACUGAAUGCUGAUGAGAAAGGACAGCAGGCAAUUCCACACAAGGCUGUUCCACACAAGGCUGUUCCACCCAAGGCUGUUCCACCCAAGGCUGUUCCACCCAAGGCUGUUCCACCCAAGGCUGUUCCACCCAAGGCUGUUCCACCCAAGGCUGUUCCACCCAAGGCUGUUCCACCCAAGGCUGUUCCACCCAAGGCUGUUCCACCCAAGGCUGUUCCACCCAAGGCUGUUCCACCCAAGGCUGUUCCACCCAAGGCUGUUCCACCCAAGGCUGUUCCACCCAAGGCUGUUCCACCCAAGGCUGUUCCACCCAAGGCUGUUCCACCCAAGGCUGUUCCACCCAAGGCUGUUCCACCCAAGGCUGUUCCACCCAAGGCUGUUCCACCCAAGGCUGUUCCACCCAAGGCUGUUCCACCCAAGGCUGUUCCACCCAAGGCUGUUCCACCCAAGGCUGUUCCACCCAAGGCUGUUCCACCCAAGGCUGUUCCACCCAAGGCUGUUCCACCCAAGGCUGUUCCACCCAAGGCUGUUCCACCCAAGGCUGUUCCACCCAAGGCUGUUCCACCCAAGGCUGUUCCACCCAAGGCUGUUCCACCCAAGGCUGUUCCACCCAAGGCUGUUCCACCCAAGGCUGUUCCACCCAAGGCUGUUCCACCCAAGGCUGUUCCACCCAAGGCUGUUCCACCCAAGGCUGUUCCACCCAAGGCUGUUCCACCCAAGGCUGUUCCACCCAAGGCUGUUCCACCCAAGGCUGUUCCACCCAAGGCUGUUCCACCCAAGGCUGUUCCACCCAAGGCUGUUCCACCCAAGGCUGUUCCACCCAAGGCUGUUCCACCCAAGGCUGUUCCACCCAAGGCUGUUCCACCCAAGGCUGUUCCACCCAAGGCUGUUCCACCCAAGGCUGUUCCACCCAAGGCUGUUCCACCCAAGGCUGUUCCACCCAAGGCUGUUCCACCCAAGGCUGUUCCACCCAAGGCUGUUCCACCCAAGGCUGUUCCACCCAAGGCUGUUCCACCCAAGGCUGUUCCACCCAAGGCUGUUCCACCCAAGGCUGUUCCACCCAAGGCUGUUCCACCCAAGGCUGUUCCACCCAAGGCUGUUCCACCCAAGGCUGUUCCACCCAAGGCUGUUCCACCCAAGGCUGUUCCACCCAAGGCUGUUCCACCCAAGGCUGUUCCACCCAAGGCUGUUCCACCCAAGGCUGUUCCACCCAAGGCUGUUCCACCCAAGGCUGUUCCACCCAAGGCUGUUCCACCCAAGGCUGUUCCACCCAAGGCUGUUCCACCCAAGGCUGUUCCACCCAAGGCUGUUCCACACAAGGCUGUUCCACACAAGGCUGUUCCACACAAGGCUGUUCCACACAAGGCUGUUCCACACAAGGCUGUUCCACACAAGGCUGUUCCACACAAGGCUGUUCCACACAAGGCUGUUCCACACAAGGCUGUUCCACACAAGGCUGUUCCACACAAGGCUGUUCCACACAAGGCUGUUCCACACAAGGCUGUUCCACACAAGGCUGUUCCACACAAGGCUGUUCCACACAAGGCUGUUCCACACAAGGCUGUUCCACACAAGGCUGUUCCACACAAGGCUGUUCCACACAAGGCUGUUCCACACAAGGCUGUUCCACACAAGGCUGUUCCACACAAGGCUGUUCCACACAAGGCUGUUCCACACAAGGCUGUUCCACACAAGGCUGUUCCACACAAGGCUGUUCCACACAAGGCUGUUCCACACAAGGCUGUUCCACACAAGGCUGUUCCACACAAGGCUGUUCCACACAAGGCUGUUCCACACAAGGCUGUUCCACACAAGGCUGUUCCACACAAGGCUGUUCCACACAAGGCUGUUCCACACAAGGCUGUUCCACACAAGGCUGUUCCACACAAGGCUGUUCCACACAAGGCUGUUCCACACAAGGCUGUUCCACACAAGGCUGUUCCACACAAGGCUGUUCCACACAAGGCUGUUCCACACAAGGCUGUUCCACACAAGGCUGUUCCACACAAGGCUGUUCCACACAAGGCUGUUCCACACAAGGCUGUUCCACACAAGGCUGUUCCACACAAGGCUGUUCCACACAAGGCUGUUCCACACAAGGCUGUUCCACACAAGGCUGUUCCACACAAGGCUGUUCCACACAAGGCUGUUCCACACAAGGCUGUUCCACACAAGGCUGUUCCACACAAGGCUGUUCCACACAAGGCUGUUCCACACAAGGCUGUUCCACACAAGGCUGUUCCACACAAGGCUGUUCCACACAAGGCUGUUCCACACAAGGCUGUUCCACACAAGGCUGUUCCACACAAGGCUGUUCCACACAAGGCUGUUCCACACAAGGCUGUUCCACACAAGGCUGUUCCACACAAGGCUGUUCCACACAAGGCUGUUCCACACAAGGCUGUUCCACACAAGGCUGUUCCACACAAGGCUGUUCCACACAAGGCUGUUCCACACAAGGCUGUUCCACACAAGGCUGUUCCACACAAGGCUGUUCCACACAAGGCUGUUCCACACAAGGCUGUUCCACACAAGGCUGUUCCACACAAGGCUGUUCCACACAAGGCUGUUCCACACAAGGCUGUUCCACACAAGGCUGUUCCACACAAGGCUGUUCCACACAAGGCUGUUCCACACAAGGCUGUUCCACACAAGGCUGUUCCACACAAGGCUGUUCCACACAAGGCUGUUCCACACAAGGCUGUUCCACACAAGGCUGUUCCACACAAGGCUGUUCCACACAAGGCUGUUCCACACAAGGCUGUUCCACACAAGGCUGUUCCACACAAGGCUGUUCCUGGCUCGAGCAAACUAUGA